GCGCCCGCAGCUCGGCGCCCGGCGGGCUGUGCCGGCUCCCACUCCGGGAGGGGCCGGGGUCCCAGAUGGCCGCGGCAGGGUCUGCGAGGCCAAGCGUGUAACCAACGGGCGUCAUGGACGCAGAGCAGCGGCAGACGACGGGGGCCGACGAACGGGCGACCCCGGGGCUGGAGGCGGCGCCUCCUGCUGCCCCGGCGCCUGCGACCGCGGCCUCGGGACCACCCCCCGGGCCUGGCUCCGGGCCCGAGCCCAAGCGGAGGCAGCUCGGGACGCUGCUCCAGCCCACGGUCAACAAGUUCUCCCUUCGCGUGUUCGGCAGCCACAAAGCUGUGGAAAUCGAGCAGGAGCGGGUCAAGUCAGCGGGGGCCUGGAUCAUCCACCCCUACAGCGACUUCCGGUUUUACUGGGACCUGAUCAUGCUCCUGUUGAUGGUGGGGAACCUCAUUGUGCUGCCUGUCGGCAUCACCUUCUUCAAGGAAGAGAACUCCCCGCCUUGGAUCGUCUUCAACGUCCUCUCUGACACUUUCUUCCUGCUGGAUCUGGUGCUCAACUUCCGCACAGGCAUCGUGGUUGAGGAGGGUGCCGAAAUCCUGCUGGCGCCAAGAGCCAUUCGGUCGCGCUACCUGCGUACCUGGUUCCUGGUCGACCUCAUCUCCUCCAUCCCGGUGGACUACAUCUUUCUGGUGGUGGAGCUGGAGCCACGACUGGAUGCCGAGGUCUACAAAACAGCGCGGGCGCUGCGCAUUGUGCGCUUCACCAAGAUCCUCAGCCUGCUGCGGCUGCUCCGCCUCUCCCGCCUCAUCCGCUACAUACACCAGUGGGAGGAGAUCUUUCACAUGACCUAUGACCUGGCCAGUGCUGUGGUGCGCAUCUUCAACCUCAUCGGGAUGAUGCUGCUGCUGUGUCACUGGGAUGGCUGUCUGCAGUUCCUGGUCCCCAUGCUGCAGGACUUCCCUCCUGACUGCUGGGUCUCCAUCAACCACAUGGUGAACCACUCAUGGGGGCGCCAGUAUUCCCAUGCCCUGUUCAAGGCCAUGAGCCACAUGCUGUGCAUUGGCUACGGGCAGCAGGCACCUGUAGGCAUGCCCGACGUCUGGCUCACCAUGCUCAGCAUGAUUGUGGGUGCCACGUGCUACGCCAUGUUCAUCGGCCAUGCCACUGCGCUCAUCCAGUCCCUGGACUCCUCCCGACGGCAAUACCAGGAGAAGUACAAGCAGGUGGAGCAGUACAUGUCUUUCCACAAACUGCCGGCCGACACCCGGCAGCGCAUCCAUGAGUAUUAUGAGCAUCGCUACCAGGGCAAGAUGUUCGAUGAAGAGAGCAUUCUGGGCGAGCUGAGCGAGCCGCUUCGGGAGGAGAUCAUUAACUUCACCUGCCGUGGCCUGGUGGCCCACAUGCCGCUGUUUGCCCAUGCUGACCCCAGCUUCGUCACGGCGGUGCUCACCAAGCUGCGCUUUGAGGUCUUCCAGCCGGGAGAUCUCGUGGUGCGUGAGGGCUCCGUGGGCAGGAAGAUGUACUUCAUCCAGCAUGGGCUGCUCAGUGUGCUGGCCCGCGGCGCCCGGGACACCCGCCUCACGGAUGGAUCCUACUUUGGGGAGAUUUGUCUGCUGACGCGGGGCCGGCGCACAGCCAGCGUGCGGGCUGACACCUACUGCCGCCUCUACUCACUCAGCGUGGACCAUUUCAACGCUGUGCUGGAGGAGUUCCCCAUGAUGCGCCGGGCCUUCGAGACUGUAGCCAUGGAUCGGCUGCGCCGCAUCGGCAAGAAGAACUCUGUCCUGCAGCGGAAACGCUCUGAGCCCAGUCCAGGCAGCAGCGGGGGCACCAUGGAGCAGCACUUGGUCCAGCAUGACAGGGACAUGGCCCGGGGUGUCCGGGGUCUAGCCCCAGACACAGGAGCUCGGCUCAGUGGAAAGCCGGUGCUAUGGGAGCCCCUGGUGCACGCGCCCCUGCAGGCAGCUGCUGUGACCUCUAGCGUGGCCAUUGCCCUGACUCACCAGCGGGGUCCUCUGCCCCUGUCUCCUGACUCUCCAGUCACCCUCCUUGCUCGCUCAGCUCGACGCUCAGCAGGCUCCCCAGCCUCCCCGCUAGUGCCCGUCCGAGCUGGCCCUCUGCUGGCCCGGGGUCCCUGGGCAUCUACCUCCCGCCUACCUGUCCCACCUGCUCGAACCCUCCAUGCCAGCCUGUCCCGGGCUGGGCGCUCCCAGGUAUCCUUGCUGGGUCCCCCCCCAGGAGGAGGUGGACGGCGACUAGGACUUCGGGGCCGCCCUCUCUCAGCCUCCCAACCCUCUCUGCCUCAACGGGCAGCUGGGGAUGGUUCUCCUGGGUGCAAGGGCUUGGGAAGUGAACGCCUGUCCUCCUCAGGGCUCCUGGCCAAGCUUCCAGGGACAGCCCAGCCCCCCAGGCCAUCAGUGCCUGAGCCAGCUGCCCCUCGGGGCCCCCAGCUCUCUGCCAAUAUGUGAAACCCUUGGGGAAGCAGUGGGGUGCAGCCGUGUGUGCCCGAGGGCAGAUGCCUCCUGGGGAAGGCCAAGAAGACCUGAGACACAGCCCUGUGGGAAUAUCUCCCUUUAUUCCUGAGGAGAUGUUCUCUGUCCUCAGCUCAGGCGCCCCACAACCUGUCUAGCAUUCUCCUCAUCUGUUCACCCCUUCAUCAAACGUACUGAGCGCCUACCAUGUUCAACACACUGUGCCAGGAGCUAGAUGUCUUCACUGCCAAGUAGAAGUGACUCCGAGGCCUCUGAGGAGGGUGUGCCCCAGGCGUGGUCCCACCAGGUUCAGGCCCAGGCCCAGGCCCCUGCCUCACCAAGCACAACUCCUUGCCUCUGCCAUCACUGCCAAGCAGCCAGAGGUCUCAGUUUCCCUGCCCGCGCCCCCGCAGGCUCCUUCCCAAGCCUAUUGUACUUGUCCUGUCUCCUUAGCACAGCCGCCCACUGCCAGUCCCCGAGCCUCCACUGCUGGCAACAGAUGUCUGAGCUCCACCCUCUCUGCCAUGUGUGGACCAUCCCCACCCUGUGGCCCCCACUCCAGAACAGGAACACAUGUCUUCUGUUGAGUCCCCACACUCUCUGUCCCCGUGGUAGAACUGGCUUCUUGUAGAUGGGGAGCCACCUCCUCCCUGUGCCUGGCCCUGGUGGCGUCCCCCCAGAGGGUGAGGGAUGGUGGGCACUAGAUCCCGCAGGAGAGGGGCAAGAGCCGGAAUCCUUAGGUGGCACUUUGCUUCCCAUCCUUUCUUGUUUAUUCUUAUUAUUCAACCAUGUAAUAAUUGUAUUUAAUCAUUUGCUAGUUUUAUUUACUAUGAAUUCAUUUUAUUCAGCCAUUCCUUUGUCCAUCUGUCUCCACAUCUCCUCAUAGGGAGAGAGGAAGGAGCAAGGCCUCCCUGCUGGCGCCUGUGCUCCUUGCUCAGCUCCACUGGCAGGCAGCAGUGCUGCGGAGCCCUCAGCCUACCUGGGGAGGUCUACCUGAAUGACAGUCUUCAUGCCUGAUAACAAGACAAAACCCAAGCCUGCAGUUCAUCCCAGCCUGCCCCUGACCCAAAGCUCUGUUGGUGUUGCCAGUGUCCCCCUCACCGGCCGGUCUUGGUCAGCACGAUGAUGGCAGCAGCACAGCACUUGAAGGCGGCCUCCACCGCGCCUAUGGCAGUGACCUCCGUGGGAUCGCGGCUCAGUGGCGCUGCCCGGCGCAGUUCCUCAAACAGCUGCCGGUGGUACACAGCAGCCUCUGCCUCCCUGGCAAUCUGCAAGGAGCAGGAGGUCAGGAGAUGCGGGGGCACCAGAGCCUGGAAGGGGCUUGGUCUUCUGGCCCAUUUGCCUAGCAUUCUAAGCUCCUACCGCAUGCUGCAUCUUUACAGCCUCCACAGGAAAUUUGCCCUUGGCGGUCUCCCCUGAUAGCAUGAUGCAAUCUGCUCCAUCCAGCACAGCAUUGGCUACAUCACUCGUCUCUGCCCGGGUUGGCCGGGGCUUAGUGAUCAUGCUCUCCAGCAUCUGGGGGACAUCUGGGCGUCAGAGCUGUAGGGCUCACACUCUGACUGAGGACUUGCCCAAGCUACUUCUCUGCCACUCUCAGAGUGCCCAGAAAGCCAGGAUCACAGUCAAACUAUGUGAUUCUGGUGAUUCAGUUUCCUCAUCCGAAAAUAGGGCUCACAGAAUCUCUUUCCAACUUUGUUGUUUGAGGAUCAAACCCUGGACAGCAAAAUGUGCUAUAGACCUAAGGUGUGGGUAUUGACCCUCAGGUGUCCCCAACACCCAGAGAACACCCAGGGCCCUGAGGGCUCACUCCAGACCUGUGUGGCACAGACGACAGGCUUGCCCGCCAAGUUGCACCGACCAAUCAUCAUCUUCUGGGCCAGGAAAACCUUCUCAGCAGGGAUCUCGAUGCCUAGGUCGCCCCGUGCCACCAUGAUGCCGUCACUCACCUCCAGGAUUUCAUCAAACCUGGGCGGUUGGGGGAGUCAGGGCUGGGAAGAGCCAGGAGAUGCCAGGGAGAGGUAGGCUGGAGAAGAGGAGGGCAAUGGGGACAAAGACCAAGCCUCACUUCUUCACGCCUUCGUGGUUCUCAAUUUUGCUAAUGAUCUUGAUGGUCCGUCCUUCCGGCCCCAGAGCAGCCCGGAUGGCAGCCACAUCACUGGCUUUCCUCACAAAGGAGGCAAAGACGAUGUCCACAUUAUGCUCCACCCCGAAGCGUAGGUCCUGGGCGUCUUGCUCAGACAGCCCCGGCAAGUCCACCUCGGCGCCUGGCAGGUUUACGCCUUUCCGGCUGCCCAGGAGACCUCCAUUCUCCACUUGGGUCUCCAGCCCCUUCCGGUCUGCGGGCAUGGGAAGAGCCAGUGCAGGUGACCGGGAGAUGAGCCCGUCGUCUAUGAAGAUGCGGCCUCCCACCGGCACGACCUUGACGAUAUUGGGAUAGUCCACCCACACGGUGUGUGCGUCCCCCAGCGUCCGGAACGCCGGGUCCACGGUCACCAGGACCCAGGAGCCCUUCACUAGCUCCACUUCGGUCUCAGGGCCCUAGGGACCAGCCAGAGGGGCCUUGAGACCCGCCUCUUGCCCUGCCCUCCCAGGCCCCGCCCCCACCCGCGACUCAGUCCCUGACAGGGUGGUGGGGGCCUAGGGAAGCCCCCGGGCGUAGUUGGCCUCUCACCCCCUUCAGGACCCCGGUCCGUAUCUCCGGUCCCUUGGUGUCCAGGGCAAUGGCCACGGGGCGAUAGCCGAGCGGAGAAGUUGCAAAGCUCUCCACGGCCUCCCGGAUGUUGGCGAUGGACUGAGCAUGGUACUGGGGACCAGCGAGAGGGGAUUUCAGGAGCAGGUUGCCCGGCCCCCCACCUCUCAACCCGGCAAGCUUUAGCUCGCCAGCCUCCCCUUGGCCCCGCCCCAAACCUCAUGGGAGCCGUGGGAGAAGUUGAGGCGCGCAAUGUUCAUCCCGGCCUUGAUCAUCUCCUUGAGGCGCUCCACCGAAUGAGAGGCUGGCCCUGAAAGCAGAGAUCCCGCUCAGAUCCCACCACCUGCAGAGUCCCCUCCACCCCCACGCCACAAUAGUCCAGCCACCUGACCUUUAUUCUCUGAUGCAACCUCUGCUCCCAGGUCAGCCAGCACCUGCUUCCCUGGGAUUGGGGGGGGGGGCCCACUGGGCAGUCUUGGAGAGGAGCGUCCUUAGCCCAGCUUGAGGCAACUGUGUUAACAGUGAUGUAGAGUGAGGGUCCCCUGGUGCAUGAGGGUUUACGGCAGGGGAUAAUGUGCCAGGUGAGGGCCUGUGGGGUGUCUGGGCCUUUGGAGUUGGGAGGCCUCAUAUUGACCACCCAGGACAGGUGCUCUCUCCCCACCCCUGCUUUGCUGGCAGGGCAGCUGGGUGACGGAGAGCCCACCGGCCAACCUCUCUGGUCCCUCCCCAAAGCCAGCUUGCACAGGGGUACUAGGCCCCUUCCUCAAUGGCUGGAAGACAGAUGCAGCCUCCCUGCAGCCCCCUGUGCUGUCAGUGUGUUCCUUUCUAUUGGAUCAUUCCCAUCAGCAUGUAACCCUGCUGCACUUUCUUCCAUAAUAAAAGAUCUCUGGUCCCCA